AUGGCACAUUUUUCUUCAGAAAUUCAAGAUGUGCCUCCUAAAGAUGAAUCAACUGGUUCAGAGACCUCCAUUAGAUCUCCUUUGUGUGAUUACACACUUAUUGAGGACUCAGUUUUGAGAUCUAUGAUUGAAGAAGCAGCUUUUCAGGCUUUGUGUGAGGAAGUUGUGAUAGAAAUGCCACGUUACACAUUUUCUGUCUCUGAAACAGAUGAAUUGAACGAUUUUAUUUCACUCAAUUUUCCUCAAAAACUUUGGAAGAUAGUUGAAAGUGACCAGUUUAAAUCUAUUUGGUGGGAUGAGAGUGGCACUUCUAUGCCAGUGAUCAAUGAAGAAGUCUUCAAGAAAGAAGUCUUAGAAAGAAAGGCCCCUUUCAC